CGAUCGCAGGCGCCAAGAACUCGAUUGCACCGAAAGAAGCAGCAGUGGUUAGUUGCACUCGAUCGAUCGCGUCAAGAACUGCAGCGCCACCGUACCAGUCCACCACCUGCGGCACCUCAGCUAGCCCGGGGAAGAAGAGAAGAAGGCCCGGCCGAGAGAGCGAGCGUAGCUAAUUAACUACAGUAGUCACCAUGAGGAUGCUGUUCCGCUGCUUCGUGGGCUCGGAGCCGGAGGAGGCCGGGAGCGGGAACGACAUGCCGGCGGCGAGGAAGAAGACGGUGCGGCGGAUGCGGAGCGCGACGGCGCGGUUGCGGUCGCUGUCGCCGGACGACCUGUCGCGGACGCUGGCCUCCUCGGGCCUGCACGCCUUCACCCUGUCGGAGCUCCGGUCCGCGACGCGCAACUUCUCCAGCAGCCACUUCAUCGGCGAGGGCGGGUUCGGCCCCGUCUACAAGGGCUUCCUCGACGAGCGGCUCCGCCCCGGGGAGCUCCCGCCGCAGCACGUGGCCGUGAAGUACCUCGACGCCGACGGGCCGCAGGGGCACCGCGAGUGGCUGGCGGAGGUGGUGUACCUGGGGAUGCUGAGCCACCCGCAUCUGGUGAAGCUCAUCGGGUACGGCUGCCAAGACGAGCAGAGGAUGCUCGUCUACGAGUACAUGGCCAGGGGCAGCCUCGAGCACCACCUCUUCAAGAAUCUGCUGUCGAGCCUGCCGUGGUGCACGCGGCUCAAGAUCGCGGUGGGCGCGGCCAAGGGGCUGGCGUUCCUGCACGAGGCCGAAACGCCGGUGAUCUACCGCGACUUCAAGGCCUCCAACAUCCUGCUCGACGCGGACUACACGGCAAAGCUGUCAGACUUCGGCCUGGCCAAGGAGGGCCCGCAGGGCGACGACACCCACGUCACCACCCGCGUCAUGGGGACCCACGGCUACGCCGCCCCGGAGUACAUCCUCACCGGGCACCUGACGGCGAAGAGCGACGUGUACAGCUUCGGCGUGGUGCUGCUGGAGCUGCUGACGGGGCGGCGCAGCGUGGACAAGCGGCGGCGCGGGCGGGAGCAGAACCUGGUGGACUGGGCGCGCCCGUACCUGCGCCACCCGGAGCGGCUGCACCGGGUGAUGGACCCCAGUCUCGAUGGCCAGUACUCCGGCAAGGCCGCGCACAAGGCCGCCAUGGUCGCCUACCACUGCCUGCACAGCGUGCCCAAGUCGCGCCCCACCAUGCGCGACGUCGUGGACGCGCUCGAGCCGCUGCUCGCCAUGUGCGCCGACGUGCCCGCGGGGCCCUUCGUCUACACGGUCCCGGAAGACGAGGCGGCGGCCGGCGCCGCGACGGCGGCCAGGAAGAAGUGCCUCGCGUCGGCCGUGCACGCCGAGAGCGAGCUGCCGGCGAGGAACCAACGGUACGCGAACUCGGUGGCCGGGCGCAAGAGCUCCUCGCCGAAGCAGAGCAGGGACCGGGGCGCGUGAGUGCGCGACGGAGCAGGCAUCAACUGAUCAACGUACGGUGGAUGCAUGCGUGUUAGGCUGUGCAUUUCUUCCUGACCAAAUUGUGAAGUGUAUAUAGGAUAGUGCCAGCAAGGUGUAAGCUUAAAUUGUUCGUUGAUUCAUUUUUUUUCUUGGUUAUGUCCUGCUCUGGAUAACCGAGAACAAAUUGUAUUCUAGUUAUUUUUUUAGGAAGAAAGGAUGUCCUUUUUUCCUUUACCUUUUUUGCACGCGCUACCAACUCUUGCUUCCGGAGAAUAAAAGGAAGAUAAGAUUAUUGUGCCA